AUGCCCAUUAUUGAUGCUUUCAUGCUGAUUCCUCAAUACAUCAAGUUCCUGAAAGAUGCUGUAGCUGCAAAGAAGAAAGAGAUAGAGGGCAUGGUGAUUCUCACUCAUGAAUGCAGUGCCAUCAUCCAGAGUGUCAGCUUGAUGCCUCUAUCUUUUGCUAAGAAGCUUGGUUUCACUCAGUACAAGAAGUGUAGACUUUCUCAAGUAUUGGCUGAUCGUUCAGUGAAGUACCCUGUGGGUAUCUUGGAAGACCUCCCCAUGGUGGUUGGAAACUAUGAGAUCCCUACAGACUUUCUGGUGCUUCAGAUGGGUGAAGAAGCUCAAGAUCCUUUAAUCCUUGGAAGGCCUUUCUUAGCCACAGCAGGAGCUAUUUUUAAUGUGAAAGAAGGCAAGAUUGAUCUCCACUUGGAUAAAGGGCACAUUCUCCAUUUUGACAUCAAGGAGGUAAUGAGGAAGCCAACAGUUCAAGGGCAAGUGUUCUACAUUGAGGAGAGGGACGCCCUUGCUGAUGAACUCCUUGAAGAGUUGUCACUAGAGGAUCCUCUACAGCAUGCUUUGACUAUAGAGAGAGAGAGGUUAAGGUGA